AUGAAGGUGGUGGCGCUGGACGCUGGUGGUGCCACGCUCAAGGCGUCUGUGGUGGCUCCAGGCGUGACUCCGACCGCGUCGAUCUUAGCGAACCACGUGGCGUCGACGUCUGCCAACCCAUCGACGGUCUUUAUGGGCCAGAAAUUGCAGGAGCUUGAGCGACAACGAGCAAAGUUGCGGUACUUGCGGCCGGUGCAGAGGGGAUAUUGCGUCAACUGGAACGUUGAGUCGGAACUGUGGGCGCACGUGGUGUCAAGCGAGAUGCUGAAGGUGGACCCAUCCGAGCACGCGCUGGUAGUCACAGCACCGCUACUGGCACCUGCAGUCGUAAAUGAGAGUAUGGACCAGGUAGUAUUUGAGGAGUUGGGCUUUCAGUCCUACGCUCGAGUCAGUGCAGCUGAGAGCUGUGUACUCUCGUACUCUGAGCACUGCGAACGUGAGUUUCGAGAGAGUCUUACAGUGGACAAGGAGCCAGUGAUAAGAAGUCCUGGCAAGAAGCGACGGAAGACAACGAAAGCGUCAGAGCCACCGACCUCACCGCUAAUAGUAGACGACGAUCCUCUGCGGUUCUCGACGUCCUCUUGCCACCUUGUGGUGGACUCUGGAUUCUCGUUUACACAUGUGGUUCCAGUGAUUGAUGGGAAGGUUUACUUACCGGGUGUGAGGCGGAUAAAUGUCGGUGGGAAGCUGCUGACGAAUUAUCUCAAGGAGAUCGUGUCUUAUCGACAGUGGAAUGUCAUGGACGAUACGCCUGUGAUUAACGAGCUAAAGGAGGCGCUGUGUUACUGCUCGAUGGAGUUUGAGAGUGACCUGAAGCGAUAUCACUCCGAUCGACAGCAGCGGAAGCAUUGGAUUCUGCCCGACUUUGUGCGAACCUUUGAAGGACGCUGCCGUGAAGAUGACAUGGAGGACGAGGGGGAGGCGCAGACUGACGCGCAACAAUCUGCGAGACAGGAUAAUGAUGAACAGGCUUUGGAGAUGGGCGUUGAGAUGGUCACAGUGCCCGAAGUGAUGUUCCAUCCGUCGGAUAUUGGCAUUAACCAGGCAGGAAUCGCCGAGACGAUCGUGCAGACCGUGGAGGCGUGUCCCGAAGAGCUCUCAGGUGCGUUUUACGCCAACAUCCUACUGGUCGGAGGAAACACAAAGUUCAAGAACUUCCGGCAACGACUCGAGCGCGAUUUAAGGCCCCUGGUGUCUGACGAUUUUGACAUCGGAUUGCACGAACCUUCAGACCCGAUACUCGCUGCCUGGCAAGGUUGCUGUUCUCUCGCUGAGUCGGGCGCGUUGACCGAACGGGUCGUGUCUAAGCGGGAAUACGAAGAGCAUGGUAGCAAUAUCUGUCUGAAGCGCUUCUAA